GCUGAGGAGUCCGCAACAUCGGAUGCUCGCUCGGCGAGGUCCGAGCGGAGCGGAGAGAGGCGGGAGGAGCGCACCCAGCGUCGCCAUAGCCCGACGAGAACUGAGAAGACAAAGGUCUCUGACCAAGGAGUGUCUCGGCUCGCACGUGAGGUUGCCGAGCUUAAGCGCCGAGUGGAGACCAGGGCUCCCUACAGCCAGUCCAUCUUGCGGACGGUAACCCCGUUCACUCCGAGGGUUAUGUCGGUCCCGCUGCUGGCAAACUUCCGGCCGUGGCAGAUCAAGGCCUACAGCGGAACGACGGACCCCCAAGAUCAUUUGUCUAAGUUCUAUGCUUCUAUGGAAGCGGAGGCUGCCCCGGACGAGGUCAAGUGUCGAUGCUUUCUCGCGACGCUGGAGGGCUCUGCGUGCGAUUGGUUCAACCGGCUCCCGAAGGGAACUAUUGACGAUUGGGAUACACUGGCGGAGAGGUUCUUGACGCAUUUCGCGGCAAACCGAAGGCAGAGGCUCCCUUACUCCCACCUGCUCAACAUAUGCAUCCACAAGGGAGAGAAGGUCCGCGACUUCAUAGUCCGGUGGGAAAAGGAAGCAAGAGACGUGCAUGGGGCGGAUGACCAAGCGUUGGUGGCCAUGUUCCAAGCAGCCCUUCCCCGCGGAGAAGUGAGGAAGGAGCUCCGCAAGAAUCCUCCCCCCACGUACCAAGAGACCUUGGCGCGCGCUAAGUUCCUAGCCUCGGAGGAGUUCGAUGAUAUUCCCGACUCUGAGGCCGCGCCCGCCAAGCGAGCUCCUGCAGACUCUGGAGAGGCCGCGAAGAAGAGGAAGAAGAAGAAAGAUUACACCGCGGGCCCGAGGACGCCUUCGGCUGGUGUGUACUCCGUGGGUGCGCCCGUGGGGACGGGUCGAGAGCUUGCCCUCUCCUCGCUCCCGCACGUAGAAACCUAUGCGGUGUCCAGCGGUGCCAAGUAUUGCGAGUAUCAUCGCAAUAACACUCACAACACUAAGGAAUGCUUCACUCUGCAGAAAGAGAUGCAGCGACUCAUCGCCCGAGGGCCGCCUCCGCGGGAUGAGAACGCCACCCCCUCACGGAGGCUGCCGGAAGGAAGGACAUGGAGGAAACCGACCGAGCCGGUAGCGGUGGCGACUCAGGCAAGGAAUCCCGAGAAGAGGCACAUCGGGCGGGAUUGUGAGGACCUAGACAAAGAUGAGGCGCAAGGAUACCUGGUGGGAUUUAUCCAUGGAGGAAACAUCGGCGGAGAUUCCGCCGCCCAGAGGAAGAUGUGGAAGCACAUGGCAUUUGUCGCCAAGGUUCAACAAGCGCCGGUGCCCAAGCUCGGAAGACGAGAGCAAAUCCAGUUCACGGAGAAUGACCUCCCGAGAACGCCGAGCCCCCACCGGGAUGCCCUAGUCGUGAAGAUUGAAAUCAAUGACGCCAUAGUGCAUCGCACCUUGGUGGACACGGGAAGCUCGGUUAACAUCAUGUAUGAAAAGACCUUCCAGGACCUCGGCUUGGACCGCAAAGACUUGAGGCCCGUGCGCACUCCUCUCUCCGGGUUCACGGGGGACUCCAUUGAGGCCGAAGGAGUCAUCACCGUGCCCGUGAUAGUAGGGGAUGGGGCGCACAAGGCUAAGCUGAAGAUGGAAUUCAUGGUUGUGAGCAUCAACUGCGCGCAAAACAUGAUCCUAGGGCGGCCUGGCCUGGAGGACUUGGAAUGCGUAAUCUCCCCGUAUUACUUGUGCAUGAAGUUCCCCACUCCGUCCGGGAUUGGGGUGGCGAGGGGAGAUCAGAAGUUAGCUCGAUCGUGCUACGUCCGAAUCACGAAGAAGUUGCCAAGGGACGAGACGUUGGUCGUGCAAGCACAAGAAGGGGAGC